AGGCUAGGUUCACACCUAUGCAGGUUGUGUUUGAAUCGUUUUUGCAUUGCAAUUUGCGCUGCGUUUUGCACUGCAUUUUUUGCGUUUUUGACGCGUUUUUAUGUGCUUUGCGUUUUUUUUAUUUUUUAUUUUUAUUGUUGCUAGGUAGGUUUUAAAUGCAAAACGCAGCAAAAACGCAGCAAAAACACAAUACAUGCUUUUCUGCAGCGUUUCCAUUGAAGUCUAUAGAACCAAAAACACAACGUUUUGCAUUCAAAAAAGUCCCUGACCCUUUCCAAAUAACGCACCGGGUGAAAACGUGGAGAUGUGAACCU